AUGGCGAUAAGCUUUAUUACAUCAAGGCUUGCUUUUUUACAUGGUGAAGGUAGAAAUGUAGAGCUAUAUCUCAAAAGCGGAGUAGACAUAACUCAGACUAAUUCCGACCUAAUGGAAUCCCUACUGUUUGCAUCUGUUAAUGGACAUUAUGAAACAGUUGAAUUGCUCAUAAAAGCGGGGACAGACGUAAAUGGUUGUAAAUUAAACGGUUGGAAUGCAUUGAUGCUAGCGUCCGUUAAUGGGCAUGUUAUAACUGCUGAAUUACUUAUAAAAAGUGGUGCAGAUGUGAAUAAAAUUAAUUCGGACGAAUUAAAUGCACUGAUGAUGGCAUCUUUUAAUGGACAUUUUAGGACUGCUAAAAUACUUAUAAGAAACGGAGCAGAUGUAAAUCACAUUUAUUCAGAAGAGGUGGACACAUUAAUGAUUGCAUCUCUUAGUGGACAUUAUAAAACUGCUAAACUGAUUAUUAAUAGCGGAGCAGAUGUGGAUCGUAAAGAUUCAGAGAGUCGGACUGCACUUAUGCAUGCAUCCAAAAAUGGACAUACUAAAAUUGUUGACUUGCUACUUAAAAACGGAGCUGAUAUUAAUCGGAUAAACUCUGAUGGAAAUGAUGCAUUUAUAAGUGCAUCAUAUUAUGGACAUGUAAAAACCGUUGAAUUAUUGAUCAAAUGCGGAUCAGAUUUGAAUCGCAUUAAUUCACUUGGUUAUGAUGCAUUAAUGACUGCAGCAGAAAAUGGAGAAGAUAAAACUGUAAAAAUACUAUUAAAAAGAGGAUCAGAUGUAGAUCGCACUUUAAUAAAUGGUCGUGAUGCACUUAUACUUGCAUCAGAAUACGGUCAUGAUAAAACUGUUGACGUACUUCUGAAAAGUGGAGCGGAUAUUAAUCGGAAAAGCUCUGAAGGAAACAAUGCUUUAAUGUAUGCUUCAUGGUUUGGAUAUAUCAACACUGUCGAGUUAUUGAUUAAAUGUGGAGCAGAUGUAAAUAUCAUUAGUCCACUUAAUAAGGAUGCAUUAAUGUAUGCAUCAGAAGCUGGGCAUAAUGAAAUUGCUAAGAUACUUUUGAGAAACGGAUCUGAUGUUAAUCGCACUACAACAGGUGGAUGGGAUUGUUUAAUGCUUGCAUCAUUUAAUGGACAUGAUACAACUGUUGAACUACUUAUAAACAGUGGAGCAGAUAUAAAUCGGGUUGAGGCAGAUGGUUGGGAUUGUUUAAUGAUGGCAUCACUAAGUGGACAUUAUAAAACCACUGAACUACUUAUAAACAACGGUGCAGAUAUAAAUCGCCGUAAUGCAGAUGAUAGAAAUGGAUUGAUGGCUGCGUCAAAUAAAGGACAUGCCAAAACUGUUGAAUUACUUAUCAAAGCGGGAUCUGGUGUAAAUAGCAUAACUUCAAAUGGUGUGGAUGCUUUAAUGAUUGCAUCCUUAGCUGGGUAUUAUAACACUGCUAAAAUUCUUAUCGCAUACGGGGCCGAUGUAAAACGCAAUAAUGCAGAUGGCAUGAAUGCAUUGAUGGUUGCAUCUCAAAAGGGACAUUAUAAAACUGUUAAAACACUUAUCGCCAGCGGAGCAGACGUAAAUAUUACUAGUAUAAACGGUAUGGAUGCAUUAAUGUGUGCUUCUGCCGAUGGUCAUUAUACUAUAGCUAAGCUACUAAUAAAAAGUGGAAUAGAAAUAAAUCACAUUGAUGAGAGCAACUGUGAUGCAUUAAUGCAUGCAUCCGUCAGAGGACACCAUGAAAUAGUUAAAUUACUCUUAAAACGCGGAGCUAAUGUAAGCACUGUUAGUUCAUUAGGUAGAGAUGCAUUAAUGCUUGCAUCGAUGGCUGGCCAUAUUAAAAUCAUUCAAAUACUUAUAGAAAACGGAGCAGAUGUCAAUCGUAUUAAUCCAGAAGGUUUAAAUGCAUUAAUGUUUGCAUUAAACAAUGAAAAUAUCGACAUUGCAGAAUUGCUCAUUCAAAGUGGAACAGGAGUAAACCACAUUAAUUCAGAGGGUAUUAAUGCAUUAAUGACUGCAUCUUUUUUUGGACAAGAAACCAUUGCUGCAUUGCUUAUAAAAUGUGGAGUGAAAAUAAACAUAUUUAAUUCAAUUGGUAGUAAUGCAUUAAUGCUUGCAUCAAUUAAAGGACAAGACAAAAUUGUUGAAUUACUUAUCAACAAUGGGGCAGAAGUAAACCUUUGUAAUUCAGGUGGUUUCAAUGCAUUAUUAUAUGCAUGUAAUGAUGGUCAUGCUAACACAGCGGAAUUACUUAUUAAACUCGGAGCAGAUAUAAAUCAUGUUAAGUCUGAUGGGGGAAAUGCAUUGAUGAUGGCAUCAUACAUUGGAAAUGUGAAAACUGCUGAAUUACUAAUAAAAAACGGAGUGGAUGUAAACCGCAUUAAAUCUGAGGGUUGGAAUGCCCUAAUGCUUUCAUCAGAAAAGGGCCAUGUUAAAACUGCGGAAUUACUUAUACAAAACGGAGCUGAUGUAAAGUGUGUUAAAUCAGAUGGUAAGGAUGCAUUAAUGAUAGCAUCAGAAAAAGGACUACUUAUAAAACGAGGAGCAGAUAUAAAUCGAAUAUCAUUUGAUGGUAAGAAUGCUUUGAUGAUUACUUCAAUGUAUGGACAUGCUAAAACAGCGGAACUACUUAUAAAAAGCGGCGCAAAGGUAAAUGCUAUUGACUCCAGUUGUUGGGAUGCAUUAAUGCGAGCAUCAAAGAACGGGCAUGAUAAAACUGCUGAAAUACUAAUAAAGCACGGAGCAGAUAUUAAUCACUUUGACAAAAAUGAGUUUGAUGCUUUAAUGAUUGCGUCACUAUAUGGACAUGAUAAAACGGUUGACUUACUUCUAAAUAGUGGAGCAAAUGUAAAUAGAAUGAAAUCAGAUGGCUAUGAUGCACUUAUGAUCGCAUCAUUCCAUGGAUAUGACACCACUGUAGAUUUACUUUUAAACAGAGGAGCAGCAAUUAAUCGUAUUGCAAAAGAUGGUUUUGAUGCGUUAAUGUGUGCAUCACAAAAUGGACAUGAUAAAUCUGUUGACUUACUUCUAAAAAAUGGAGCGAAUGUAAAUAGAAUUGAACCAGAUGGCUAUAAUGCACUUCUUCUUGCAUCAUUCAACGGACAUGACACCACAGCAGAUUUAAUUAUCAAAAACGGAGCAGAUAUUAAUAGCAUUUUAACAGGUGGUUUUGAUGCUUUAAUGUGUGCAUCACAAAAUGGGCAUGAUAAAACUGUUGAGCUGCUCAUUAAAAGAGGAGCAGAUGUAAAUUGUGUUAACAUUCAAGCAUUAAAUGAUGAUGAAAUAAACGACACCCAAACUGAAGGAAGGAAACGUUACAACAAUGGACUAGACAGCUAUUUCAACUCUUGUAGGAAGUAA